AGAGAGAGAGAGAGGCGCUCCGCCAGCGGACCAGGGAGAGAGAGAGAGGAAUCCCAGCAGCCCCCCCUGAGAGAGAGAGCGAGCCGGACCGGCUGGACCCCCCGGAGGAGGAGGACCUGAGAGGGAACCACCACGUUGCCACGGGAGAGGCCUCAGUCCAGGGCUGCAGUAUGUUCACGUCGGUGAAGGCCUUCGAAGGGCAACAGUACUCCACCCUGAAGAGGCAGUGCCUGCAGAGCGGCCUGCUCUUCGAGGACCCCCGCUUCCCCGCCACGGACCACUCGCUCUUCUACCAGGGCAACAGGAUCGGACGCGUGGUGUGGAAGAGGCCUCGGGAGCUGUGUGAGGACCCCCACCUGUUCGUCGAUGGCAUCAGUGCACACGACCUCCACCAGGGGCAGCUGGGUAACUGCUGGUUCGUGGCGGCGUGCUCCAGUCUGGCCUCCAGAGAGUCGCUGUGGCAAAAGGUCAUUCCCGACUGGAAGGAGCAGGAGUGGGAUACAGAGAAGCCCGACUCGUACGCGGGGAUCUUCCACUUCCGCUUCUGGCGCUUCGGCGAGUGGGUGGACGUGGUGAUCGACGACCGGCUGCCGACGGUGGACAACCAGCUGGUCUACUGCCACUCCAACGACAGCAACGAGUUCUGGAGCGCCCUGGUGGAGAAGGCCUACGCCAAGGUUUAUGGCUGCUACGAGGCUUUGGACGGGGGGAACACAGCCGACGCGCUGGUCGACUUCACCGGUGGCGUUUCGGAGCCCGCCGACCUGCUGGAGGGUCAGAUAGCCACGGACGAAGUGGCCCGUAACCAGCUGUUUGAACGAGUUCUCAAAGUCCACAACAGAGACGGCCUCAUCAGCUGCUCCAUCAGGGCGACCACGAUAGAGGACAUGGAGGCGCGGCUGGACUGUGGCCUGGUCAAAGGUCACGCGUACGCCGUCACAGACGUACGGAAAGUGCGGCUGGGUCACGGGCUGCUCGCCUUCUUUAAAUCGGAGAAGCUGCAGAUGAUCCGCAUGAGGAACCCGUGGGGAGAGAAGGAGUGGAGCGGCCCCUGGAGCGACAGUUCGGAGGAGUGGAACAAGGUGAGCAAGAGCGAGAGGGAGAAGCUGGGCGUCACCGUGCAGGACGACGGCGAGUUCUGGAUGACGUUCGACGACUUCUGCCAGUACUUCACCGACCUGAUCAUGUGUCGCCUCAUCAACACGUCCUACCUGAGCAUCCACAAGACCUGGGAGGAGGAGGUGAUGCAGGGCUCCUGGGUCCACCGGCAGGACCCCCUCCGCAACCGCUCCGGCGGCUGCAUCAACCACAAGGUCACGUUCCUGCAGAACCCCCAGUAUGUGUUUGACGUGAAGAAGGUGGAGGACGAGGUGUUGAUCUGCUUACAGCAAAAAGAGAAGAGAGCCACGUUCAAAGAGGGCAAAGGGGAAAACCUCGCCAUCGGCUUCGACAUUCACCGGGUGGAGCUGAACAGGAAGUACCGUAUGCACUCGGCGCAGCAGAAAGUGGCGGGCUCCAUCUACAUCAACUCGCGCUGCGUCUUCCUCAGGAAGGAGCUGCAGGAGGGCCGCUACGUCAUCAUCCCCACCACCUUCGACCCGGCGCAGCAGGGCGACUUCCUCCUGCGGGUCUUCACCGAUGUGCCUUCAGACUGCAAAGAGCUGACGCUGGACGAUCCUCCUCAGACGUGUUGGACGGGGAUGUGUGGUUACCCUCAGCUGGUCUCUCAGGUCCACGUGCUGAACGCUGAGGGUCUGCAGGGACAGGACACCAACGGAGCGGUGGAUCCGUACGUGAUCAUCACCUGUGAGGGGGAGAGGGUCCGUUCGCCCGUUCACAAGGACACGCGCUGCCCCAACUUCGACAUCAAAGGCCUGUUCUACCGCAAGAAGCCCAAGGAGGGAAUCCACAUCGAGAUCUACAACAAGAACAUGAUCGUGGACACCUUCCUGGGUCAGGUGAUCCUCUUCAGCGACCCCAACGAGCGGCAGGAGCAGCACACGCUUCACCUCCGCGACAAGGGCAACCGGCAGGACGACGACCUCCCGGGCACGCUCACCGUGCGUCUCAUCACCUCCACCACGCUCACCAACAUCUGAGGGUGUCUCACGAUCGACACUCAAAAGAAAAGAGGCGCUGAGUCGUCCGACCAUCACGGGAUCUCACUGUGCCGCUCGCGCUCUCUUUAGUGUCUCUCGACGUUUCUCUUAACGUUUCCCGUGUUCUUUUCUCUUUUUUUUGCUUCAGUGUUUUCGAAUUCGAGAAGUGCUUUUGAAGACGUAUACCUUUAUUUCCAAACGGGAGGUUCGUACUGAAUAACGUUGAACACAUUCCAAAGUGGUUGAUUAUUUCGUGGUUCGCUCUUCGUUAGAGGUUUUGCAGCCUCAGAGUUUCCAUCGACAUUCGAGCUACAGUUUCAAGAAAACGUUUCAGUUUGUCGAAUCUGAAUCUACUCUAUCGUUUUCUUUCUUCCUGGUUAUAGUUCAAACACGUACACACAAAAAACACGAUGCACAUACUAAACAUAUGCAGACGUUUCUGCACUCGCCAUGCAUGUGCCAAUGUUUCCAAGGGCUAUGCAUCGCCUUAAGGCCGAGUCCGUCGGUUGGGUUAAAUACUCCUUUACGUUCCUUUACGUAUCAGUGGCAGCACAGUUUCCCUUAACUCUGCAUCCAAACCACUGUUUUUUCCUUUUUAACGUCUUGUCUUCUCUCUAUAUUAACGUCAUGUAUACGCUUGUAUAUCUGUGGAUGAUCCUCUCGGCCCCGUCGGCCCCACCACGGACUCGCCCACCUCCAGGCUUCUCCAGUUUUGCCGGUGCUUUGGAAAAGCUUGCGGCUCUGUCUGUCACUUUUUCUUUUUACUAUGUUUAACUGUGGACUUUACAAACGAAAGCCAACAGCAGCCAUUCUCUCCCUUCACUCGAACCCUCCUCCCGUCCGACUCAACUAGCAACGUCCGAAAACUCCCAGAGACGCUUUCUGCCCGGUUGCUAUGGACGAUCUUUAAACUGCAUGGCUUGAAAAAACAACAACAAACGACUAAACUCUGCCUGUGCUGCACAUCUCUUCGGUCGUAGCUUAGCAACCGGUGCUGGUGGUCGUGCUAGCUGACCCCUCCCCCUCCCUUGCGUACAUCGGAGUGCAAAGAUCCGCCCUGACAUAAAUCAAGUGCUUUAUGGGACCAAAGAUGAGCCAGGCCCUUUGCUCUCCUUCUCCCUUUUUCGGCCCGGCCCGGCCUGGCUUAGGCCCAAGCCCAGCUACAGACCACCACCCCCUGUGCCACAUCAUCUCUUACUGGCAACACCACUGCCUGACGCUUCCUCUGACUUGGAGUCCGCUGGCCUGGGACUCGAGUGGCCACGUGACCCCGGGACGCAGCAGCUGCGCUCCUGCUGUUGGCACAGAACAGAUGUGUGUGUGUGUGUGUGUGUGUGUGUGUGUGUGUGUGUGUGUGUGUGUGUGUGUGUGUGUGUGUGUGUGUGUGUGUGUGUGUGUGUGUGUGUGUGUGUGUGUGUGUGUGUGUGUGUGUGUGUGUGUGGAGGUGUGUGUGUGUGUGUGUGUGUGUGUGUGGAGGUGUGUCCUGCUAAUUUCAGUGUUUUCCUAAACGUGGAGUGCUUUUGGGUGAAUGUAUAUCUAUUAAUCCACGUUGAACCGGGAAAAGAAAAAAACGAUUUCUGAGGAAAGGUGUGAACUAAAACGGAGAAGAGCCCUUUAGACGACGACGGCGGCGACGACACACCUUGCACUUUAUCUAGUCGUGAGUGGGUAAAAUUAAAAGCCCCGUGAGGGUGAAAGACGGAGGCAGGAGGUCUGGAGGCGACGUCUCUGCCAAACAAACCUGUGCCAUCGCCUCGGUCCUGGCUUUGACCUGGACGUGGGAGAACAGAAACUGUUCGGUCCUGUUCAAAGGGAUUUCUCCGACGGCUUUUUUGCAUUUUGAACUGGUAAAAUCCAUCUCUGAUGAACCACAGCACUUCUCUCAUAGGUCGUGUUCCCAUCCAGUUUGACCUCUCAGCAACUGUUGGGCUUUUUACGAGCUUUUCUUCUUUUCCAAAAAGUGCAAUAUCAUUGCAGAGUUGAUUUUUUGUUCUUUGUUCUUCUGGGUAUCUUUGUUCUUCUGGGUAUGUCUUAGUGUCCCCCCCCCUCCCCCUUUUCAUAUCAAGAAUUUAAAAUGUAAGUUAUUUAAUAUCAUCCGAGGCAUUUUCUUUGAAUGUAAGACAGUUAGUGCACUAAUCUCUCUAACUAUCAAAUCCCCUUUGGUUUGUUUUUCAGCGCCUUUUUAUCGUUACUUGAACCGUUGCAUGGGUUCUUUUUUUCAACAUGUCCAUGGCCUUGUCGUUGUACUGUUCAGUUGUUCAUAUGUAGAUUUUACUCUUUCUAUCUCAGAAGUCUUGGAAAUGCUCGUGUUCAGCAGUCGGCAUGUCGACAGUACACUGAUGCGCCUCAUGUCAGUCUGAUCAUAUCAACGUCUUGUUACCACAGUGAUAUUAAUUCAUUCAAGGCCUCUAGCAUCUGUGAACGUUGGCAGCAGCUGUUGACGACUGUUACGGUGCUAUUCAACUUCUCCGUGCUCUUUUAUGUUGUUGUUUUUCUUUUAGUCUUGACAGAGGGACCAGGAAGUGAGAGUGAUGCUGAGUAUGCACUGUGCGACUUUAGAAAUUUUGCUAAAUUCAAACUCACGAUUCAUUUGAUCACGCUGUUCGUUACCAGUCUGGCCAUGGUCAGAGAAGAAGAAGAAGAAGAAGUUUGUUUUGGUUCACAGUGUCGACAAGGAGGGAACGAGCUUCCUUGACUAUACUGUAUGUGUUGAAACGUCAAAGAAAUGAGGCGGUGACAUUUCUCUCUGGUAUGUACUGACCCUCCAGGUUGUCCCGGCUCGACCAACCUGGCCUCCGUGUUUUCUGUCCAUGUGACGCGUUUGUCUUGGUUUCACCUUCACUGCGUUUUGCAAUUUCCCGUAGGCGCAGUGAGAAAAACACGCGCUGAGUUUUGGGGAAUCGACUCAUGACUCUGCUUCAAAUUCAACUGUGUGAGAGCCAGAAGACGGCAGACCAAAAAAAUCUCUGACGUAUUAGAAAUUCAUCUGUCGGCCGGGAGCUUCUGGUCGCCUCACGCUUCCCCCUGUACGCUGCACGACAAAGAUGGAAUGACGUGGUGCGUCUCGGAACUCUCUCUCUCAAAUCGUACAGCGUAUGCUCAGCUUCAGUUGAAAUGAUGCUGUAUGUGGAAGUUACGUUAACUCGCAGACAGUCAGUGCUAGAAACUGUAGUGCCAAGCAGUGCGACGUUAGACAUGGCAGCAUGUGCCUGGAUGGCUGCUGGCUUGUUUUACAGACCAGGUGGGAAAAGGAAGAAAACCCUUCCUCCCCAGGUCAUGGAAAAGUGUCCUUCUGCAAGGCACUGAGGUCUUAACUGCUCCAGUGGAGCCUCCUGGUGUGACUGUACAUAUUAGGGUUAUGAGCUAGGGAUAGGAAACGGCUUCGCAGAGCGACUGUAUCAGUGCUAAAGGUGCAGGAUGCUGAAUGGAUCCGGUGAAGUCGACCGAACACAGAUCAGGGAGUGACACUUGCCCCAGUUCGUCUUUACGUUGAAGUCGCAGAGUUAAACUUCUCUGAAAAAACAAACAUCCAGAAGGGUUUUUUCCAGAGAACUGAAAAACGUCAUACCAUCCGGAUGAAUAUGGUUUGACUUUUCUCUGGUCAAACAAAGUAUCAUGUUAAUAUCUGUCAACUUUAGUUCAACGACUUCCUGACUCGUCCAGAGAGAACUCUCUGGCUUCACUUGUACAUACGUUCAUUAUCCCAAGAGGAUGAAUCCUAAUAACUAGUGAGUUUUCUUCUAGCGCCACCAGCAGGUUGAUAUCUGUGGAACGUUUGGCAUCAAAUUGGGUGGACACUAAUCUGGUCGGUGUCUAAUUUUAUCCCGGUCUCUAUUUAUCUUUUGCGUCUCGUGAAGGUCAGAAUCUAAAUUUGUCCAACAUUCGGUUUUGUCCAGGUGCCUGUAAAAACUAAAGGAUUUCCCAUCGCCCAUUAACACAUUAGCAGGUUCACGAGCUAAACGAAAGUUGUGAACGUGGUCAACGACACACCUUCCUGACAGUGAACAGUCACAAUCAUUAUCAAUAAUGAAGGCAAUGCAUCAUUGACAUCGGUUAUGUGAUUAAGUAUAGUAAUUGAUAUACAUUCAAUGAAUCCCAUGUCCAUAUUCCAUCUGUCUUUGCUCAUCACUCCAGUGGGCAUCAAGUUUGAGACUGACACGAACUGAAUAUGUAUUUUAUUAAUGUGCCAUGUUGAUUAUGAAAGCGUUCCUUCUAUCGCCAUCCAUUUCAUCCAGUUUCUUUUCAACCGAUCCCUCGACCAUUUCCACCUUUUUCAGCGACGACCACCUCUGUUACUUGUGUGGCUUCCCUAUUUUUGUUACUUAUGUGGAUGUGGCACAUGAAUAACAGGUCACAAUCCCACGGUAACACUAAGAGUGAGGAGCCAAAGUAACGGUUGGUGCUGCUCGUCCCUCCUCAGCCUUCCACUCGUGUGCUGCAGCAGUGCCAAAAAGACGAACGGUCUCCUGUAACAGGAACUGAACGCUGUGAAGAUGUUUGCUGUGAGGUUUCCACACCUUAUUGGUUCUCCACCUUAAUAUCCCGCUCUGAUUUUGUCUUCAUCUUGAAGUGAUUUUACCUGCGUCGCCGUGGUUUUCUCAUUGUGAUUGUUGAGCAUUAUAAUCCUCUGCCAAAAGUGUGUUAUGGCUUUAACUGUUAACCACCAACACACAGACAAACGCUCCAGCUGCAGGACUGACAAGGCUCAGUUGGAGCGCACAAAACCCUCACUGGUUUUUUGACAAUUGCUAUAAAGCUUAUCAGUUUUUUUCUGUGUGUACGGCCAUGCCAAAGCUGGAUUUGAGAACACGGAAGCUUUGUAUGAAUCCCCAACAAAAUGCCAGUGCAUGUAGCAAAACCCGCUUCGAAUCCGCUCGCGCCAUCACGAAUCACAGAAUAUAUAUUUUUGGGGUUCUCGGAGUUGUUGUGAAACGUAAUCCGCUGUUGCUACUUUGAUAGACAUACUGCCUGAUGUACAAGGCCCAUGUUGCACACUUGCAUGCAUUCAAACAGUAUCCAGUUUUAUAAGGUUUUGUAUCCAGUAACCUGCAGUAUACAGUAUGUAUAUAAAAGUAGCAGCAAUUUGACUCCUCAGUUGUUAUUAUGGCAACACAUGAUUUGAUGGAUGUUAUACGGUAUAUUCUAGACAUUUAUCUCAAGGGGAAAAUGUUUCUUGCUCGCUACCUCUAGUGAUCGGCAAGAAGACGUAGAGGAAUCAAGUGAAUUACGAUCCUGAUCCCGUGAUACCUUCAAUCAUGAGCGCGACUUUGCGUUGUUUCUUUCUCUGAAGUGCAGUUUGAUACGGAGGUCGUCACCUCCAAGAGAUUCUGGGGAAAUAGUGGAAACAUUGCUUUGUUUUGAACCGAAUAUUACAAGAGAAGAUCAAUAUCACUUUUUUAUAUAUAUAAUGGAAAUAUGGAAAUAUGUGGCCUUCGAUGUUCUGCUACUUAUCCAGAAACAUUAUCCAAGACCAUAAUAAUAAGGUCGUUCAUUGGUUCAACGCUUGCGCGUUGCAUAUUGUCACGUUUGACCUGUAAUUCUAAAGAUGGCGGACAAUCGACGUAACAUUCCGUGCACCUUCUAUGAUUUUAUAAUCAUUUUAAAUGCUGUGUUUAAAGGGACAGUUCAGUGAUUUUGAAGCAGGGUUGUGUGAGUUACUUAUGCAUAGUUCAUAUGUCACCUUAUGGAGAUGGU